ACAGCUAGCUGAAACAAAUACAAUCGAGCAUACGGAACAGAUUGUUUGCAGGCUUGUUUGGAGGCUAAACUUUUAGUAAGACCGAAAUCUCUUUAAAUACCCGCGAUAAUGUUGAUCAAAGUGAAGACCCUGACCGGCAAAGAAAUCGAAAUUGACAUCGAACCCACGGACAAAGUGGACCGGAUCAAAGAAAGGGUGGAAGAGAAAGAAGGUAUCCCUCCACAGCAGCAGCGGUUGAUCUUUUCCGGCAAACAGAUGAACGAUGAUAAAACUGCCCAGGACUAUAAGGUUCAAGGAGGGUCUGUCCUACAUCUGGUCCUGGCAUUAAGGGGAGGAUAUCUGUGAAGGCGGAAGAUGGAAGUUUGCCGUUUCCGUAAUCCGCGGAUUCGAGUUAUGUGUCUAAUGUCCCAUUGUUUCAUAUAAUGCUAUUGGUUUGGAAAUGUGUCACUGAAUAAAGGCAACACAUAAUCAAUUAAAAAAAAGUAUGUUUUU